AUGGCAGGAAGUUGGUGUGCUGUUCAGUCUCUGGCACUUUUUGUUUGGUUCUGUGCUUUCUGUCAUGCUGUUCCGAAGUGGAGUGAUCUGACCCAGAAUCCUCAAGCUCUGAUGUUCCAGCAAACUGACCAGUGGUUUCAGAAGCCAGUUCAACAGCAAGCUAGUCAAUGGUUUCCUCAGCAGGUUCAACAGCAAGCAGGUCAAACGUUUCCUCAGUCAGUUCAACAACAAGCUAGUCACCAGUUUCCUCAGUCAGUUCAACAAGCUAGUCGCCAGUUUCCUCAGUCAGUUCAACAACAAGCUAGUCACCAGUUUCCUCAGUCAGUUCAACAAGCUAGUCGCCAGUUUCCUCAGUCAGUUCAACAACCUAGUCACCAGUUUCCUCAGUCAGUUCAACAGCAAGCUAGUCACCAGUUUCCUCAGUCAGUUCAACAACAAGCUAGUCACCAGUUUCCUCAGUCAGUUCAACAAGCUAGUCACCAGUUUCCUCAGUCAGUUCAACAGGCUAGUCGCCAGUUUCCUCAGUCAGUUCAACAACCUAGUCACCAGUUUCCUCAGUCAGUUCAACAGCAAGCUAGUCACCAGUUUCCUCAGUCAGUUCAACAGCAAGCUAGUCAACAGUUUCCUCAGCAGUUUCAGCCUAAGCAGCCAGUGGCAAAGGCAGAGCCCCUUGACAAAUGUACUGUAGCUGAUUAUGAUCAGAUCCAAUGUGGACCACCUGGUAUCAGUGGUGCUGAGUGUGCUGCUAUCAACUGCUGCUUUAAUGGACAGCAGUGUUACUAUGGGAAGGCAGUGACUGUCCAGUGUAUAAGAGAUGGUCAGUUUGUGGUAGUGGUGGCUAGAGAUGUUACGCUGCCUCGAUUGAGCCUGGAUUCAGUCCGUCUCCUGGGAGGACAGCGGAUAUGUGGUGUAUGA